AUGAGGUCGAUAUCGCUAUUUUCUCUCCUGAUUCCUGCCUCUUGCCUCGUUGCAGCACAGUCUUCCACGGCGACCAGCGCUGCGGCCCAGUUCACUGUCCCAGCAAGUGCUGAUCUCGGUGUCACCCUUCUUCCUAACAUUGAUGACCCUACUGCGGCCAACGCCCAAGUCAAAUGUCCAGGCUAUACGGCCUCACAAGUGAGCACGUCUUCGACCGGAUUGACGGCCCAUUUGACUCUUGCUGGCACGGCCUGCAAUGUCUAUGGGACUGACAUCCAUGACUUGGACUUGUCGGUCGAGUACCAGACCUCGUCACGGCUGCACGUCAACAUUCGGCCUUCCCAUAUAACCUCCCAGAACCAGAGCUGGUACCUUCUCUCGACCGACUAUGUCCCAGCUGGGAACCAGAGUGGUGGCUCCGUGACCACAAGCGACUUGACAUUUUCUUGGGCCAACUCACCCAGCACGGGGUUUGGAUUCAACGUAACCCGCAAUAGCACCGGGGACGUCUUGUUCUCGACGACUGGCACAAAACUGGUCUUUGAGAACCAAUUCAUCGAGCUCGUUACGCACCAGCAAGAGAAUUACAAUCUCUACGGCCUGGGAGAGGUCAUUCAUGGGUUGAGACUGGGAAACAACCUCACACGCACAAUUUAUGCCGCCGAUGUUGGCGAUCCAAUCGACCAAAACCUAUACGGGAGCCAUCCAUUCUACCUCCAAACCAAGUAUUUCGAGGUCGGCAGCGACAACAGUACCACUCUCCUGACUGAGCAGCUCGACACGACUGAGGCUACCGGGAAUUACACCUCCUUCACCCACGGUGUCUAUUUCCGCAAUGCUCAUGGCAUGGAAGUCCUCCUAGAAGCCAACAAUGUGACAUGGAGAACAUUGGGCGGCAGCAUCGAUCUGUAUUUCUUCUCCGGACCGACACAGCCGGACGUGACGAGUCAGUAUCUGAAUGUGAUAGGCAUGCCAAUGCUGCAAAACUAUUGGGGAUUUGGUUACCAUCAGUGCAGAUGGGGAUAUCAAAACUGGACUGUCACAGAAGCCGUCGUCGACAGCUAUGAACGCUUCGGUAUUCCACUUGAAACAAUUUGGAACGACAUCGACUAUAUGUUUCAAUACCGAGAUUUCGACAACGACCCCGUCCGCUUCAACUACUCGGAUGGUAAAGCCUUCCUCCAACGUCUCCACAACAGAGGCCAACAUUACGUGCCUAUCAUCGAUUCUGCCAUCUAUGUUCCUGAUCCAACAAACGCAAGCGAUGCAUACCAGCCGUUCGAUGACGGCAAUGCAACCAAUUCAUUCCUCCUCAAUCCAGACGGGUCACUCUACAUUGGCGAGGUUUGGCCUGGUUACACCGUCUUCCCGGACUGGCUCCAGCCGUCUGCCCGAGCAUGGUGGAAGAACCAGAUUGUCACGUGGCAUCAAAAGCUUCCUGUCGACGGUGCUUGGAUCGACAUGAGUGAAGUAUCCUCAUUUUGUGUAGGAAGCUGUGGUACUGGAAAUCUCACGCUCAACCCGGUCCAUCCACCCUUCGGUCUCCCAGGCGAGCCCGGCAAUGUCAUCUACGACUAUCCGGAAGGCUUUAAUUUGACCAAUGCCACCGAGGCUGCUUCAGCCUCUUCAGCUUCUCAAGCCCAGGCGACGCCAACCUCGACUGCCUCAGCGUCAAGCUCAAGCUCGUCUUCGUCGACAACAAGCUACCUGCGCUCAACACCAACGGCAGGACAACGCAACAUCAACUAUCCGCCCUAUGUGAUCAAUCAUGUCCAAGGAAACCACGAUCUGGCUGUGCAUGCGGUAUCUCCAAAUGCCACACACCACAAUGGUAUUCAAGAAUACGACGUCCACAACCUCUUCGGCCAUCAAAUCCUCCAAGCUACGUACGCUGGGCUCUUGGCUGCGAUCCCCAACAAGCGACCUUUUGUCAUAGGGCGGUCCACAUUUCCCGGUUCAGGCACUGUGGCAGGCCACUGGGGCGGCGACAACGCUUCCAAAUUCUUCUACAUGUACUUCUCUAUCCCACAAGCUCUGUCGUUCAGUCUCUUCGGCAUCCCAAUGUUCGGCGUCGACACCUGUGGAUUCAAUGGCAACUCGGACGAGGAGCUGUGUAAUCGGUGGAUGCAACUAUCAGCCUUCUUCCCCUUCUACCGCAAUCACAACACGCUCUCUGCGAACCCCCAGGAGGCGUAUGUUUGGAGUAGUGUUAUCGAUGCCACCAAGACUGCCAUGAAUGUGCGCUUCCAAUUACUGCCGUAUCUGUACACACUGUUCUAUUAUGCCCAUACACGAGGCGAUACAGUCAUGCGUGCCCUGGCGUGGGAGUUCCCCAACGACCCCAGCCUCGCGAACGCCGAUAGACAGUUCUUCCUCGGCCCGUCAAUCCUCGUCACCCCAGUCCUCACGCAGGGUGCGACCAGUGUGGAUGGCGUGUUCCCCGGCCUCGUGGAAGGCACUGAUACUUACUACGACUGGUACAACAAGUCGCCUAUCGCGAUCCCUAGCGCGAAGAACACCACCAUCGACGCACCCUUGGGCCACAUCCCCGUGUUCAUCCGCGGUGGCAGCAUCCUGGCGACGCAGCAGAUGGCCUUGACGACGCGUGAUGCGCGCAACACGUCUUGGAGCAUCAUAGUCGCCCCCAGCGUGGAAGGCACCGCCAACGGAUCGCUGUACCUGGACGACGGCGAAAGCCUGACCCCGAACGCCACCAAGAUCGUGACCCUGACGAGCUCCGGUUCCCCGCAGAACGGGACAUUCAGCCUCAACGUCAAGGUCUCGGGAUCCUACACCGGUCUCGACCUUCCGCUCGCCAACGUCACCUUCUUGGGCGUGCAGCGCGCCCCCUCCAACACCACGGUGACCAUCAACGGCCGCGCCGUCGCCAACGCCACGUAUAAUGCCGCGAGCAAGGUCUUGAGCGUCACCGGCCUGGGUAACGUGCUGGGAGGGAAAGUCUGGGGUGGGAACUGGACGCUGAGCGCGUGA